UUCCAUCGGUUUGCUUACCACAGCUGAGUGGUGUAUUGCGUAAAUCUAUUUACAAGACUCGCUUUCUUAUCGUGUUGUAUUUUACACAAAUCCGCAAUCAAUCCGUAAUUCUUCGCUCAUCCGUAAGUGCAAACCGUUCAGCAACAUGGUUGUGGGUGCGUUUCCGGCUGCCAAGCUUGGCGUUCUUGCCAUGAAACAGAUUUCCAAACCGAUAGCAAAUUUGCUGAAAGAGCGUGCCAAAAACAGUCCCUUCUUUCGCAAAUAUGUUUGCAUGCCGCCGGCACAGUUCUACAACUGGAUGGAGGUAAAGACGAAAAUGUGGGCCCUAAACCUUGGCAAACCCACUACCGUGCCCGUCUUGAACGAAGCGAUGGCCAUCGACCUAGGCGCGAAUUUGUUGGGCGAAAUCAUCAUUUUCACGAUAGGUGCCGGGUUACUUCUGUUGGAGUAUCAAAGGCAAGUCCGGAAAGAGGCCAACAAAGAGGAGAUGAUAAUGCAGGAGAAACUCGAGCUGCAAGCAACUAUAAACGAGCUAAACUUUCAAGUGCAACGUUUGGAUACGCAGCUACGAGAAGUGGCCCGAGUUACGGCCGAUCUUGAAUCAAAGUCAUCCUGGAAGCCGAAAAUAUUGGAUGAGCUCCCGUUCGGUAACAAGAAGAACAAAAGUGAACAGGCCCUUUAUAUUCCUGCCACGGUUGACCGGAAGGAUUUAGCCGCUAACGCCAGUGGUAAUAGAGGUGUCAUUACCAACGCGUUGGAGAUUAUCGAUAAUGAAGUUUUUUAUAGGGACAGCUCAGCGGACGAUUCGGAAGACGAAUACACCGACCAGCGCCGACCAGGCCUAGUCACGCGUAGUUUAAAUUACCUCCUAGCACCCAACACUAGACCAGCGAAAGCGACCGAAAGACAAGGAUAGAACCAGACGGCUCCAAUGCAUAAUGGUGCACAGAUAUUGUUCAUUUGUUAACCGCGCAAUAUUUUACUCCCCAAUGUUUGGUUUCUACUGAUCGACAUUUAUUUUUAAUUUAUACUACUUUAGACACAAUUUGUCACAAUUAUGUAGCACCCAACACUAGCGCGGCAAAGGUGGCCUGUAGCAUGUAAGACAUGCUUAGCUGUAUUAUGUGCUUAACAGUAAUACAAUCAGCUUAAACCCAAUUAUGUCGGGAGCGAUCUACGUUAUUGCAUUUUCCAGUGUUCAUAGUACAUCGCUCAUUAUAUUAUUAUUUUUUUCUACGAUCCAAGAAUCUGUAUUUAUUAGAUAGCGUCCAUUCUCGUUACUGCUUCGUUUCGUUGUAUCAAAAUUAAAUAGGCACAGCAAGCUUAAGGUUGUGGUUUCUAAAGUACCAGAAGAAGCAAAUGAUUGCAUCCACUUAACAGCCUGGUAAAAGUUUAAUACCAGUUGAUUUGUGUCACAAUUUUCCUAUUAUCGCAUUGUCGAAUAAGAACCAGCAAAACCAAGCUUGCGCCUAUGUAUGCAACACAAACCACAGAUUUCCCGUAGCCAAAAGUGGUGCAUGCUCGUCAACGUACAAUGCUGUGAUGAUAUCGUCACCGUGUAAAUAAUGAAUCGCAAGAACGAAGACGCGAAGAAUCAAUAAAUAAAAAAUAUAACUAAGAGUUGAAACGUA